AUGGCGCCGCCCGCUCAGAACGGCGUGAGCGAGCAGCAGGUGCACGCCAACGUGCAGCACUACUACGGGGAGGUUCUGGCGGCGUCGACCGAUAUGAAAACGUCGGCCUGCACCGCGGCGGGGGCGCCGCACCCGCUCGUGCGCGCCGCGCUGCAGCGGGUGCCGCCAGAGGUGCAGGCCCGCUACUUCGGCUGCGGCUCGGCCUUCCCACUGGGCAUCGAGGGGCUGAGGGUGCUGGACCUGGGGUGCGGCAGCGGCCGCGACUGCUACGUGUGCGCGGCGAUGGUGGGGGAGGCGGGCAGCGUGACGGGCGUGGACAUGACAGACGCGCAGCUCGAGCUGGCCAACAGGCACGCCCAGGACUACUGCUGCCACACGCUGGGCUACAAGCAGCCCAACAUGCGAUUCGUCAAGGGCCAGAUCGAGAGGCUGGGGGAGGCAGGGAUCCAGGCAGGCAGCGUGGACCUCAUCAUCUCCAACUGCGUGGUCAAUCUGACCCCCGACAAGCAGGCGGUACUGGCGGAGGCGUACCGCGUGCUGGCCCCGGGGGGAGAGAUGUACUUCAGCGACAUGUACUGCACCAGGAGGGUACCAGAGGAGCUGCGCACAAACGAGGUGCUGUGGGACGAGGGGCUGGCGGGCUCGUUGUACACCCAAGACUUUCUGCGCAUCUGCCGCCAGGUCGGCUUCCUGGACCCCCGCCAGCUCGCCUCCCAUCCCAUCCAGGUGCAUGACCCCGAGCUGCGGGCGCUGGUGGGCCCCGCCUCUUACCUGUCCAUCACCUACCGCCUCUUCAAGCUGCCGGGCACAUUGGAGGCGGGCAGCGAGGACUACGGCCAGGCGGCUCGCUACCUGGGCACCAUCCCCGGCAGCCCACAUGCCUACAGCCUGGACAGCCAGCACACCUUCCCCACCCACAAGUGGGUGGCUGUGUGCGGCAACACUGCCGCGAUGCUGGGCGACAGCUGGCUGGGCAAACAUUUCGAAGUGGCUGGGGAUCGCAGCACGCACUUUGGAGCCUUUCCAGCUGGCAGUGGCAGUGCCUGCACACAGCAGCAGCCCGCUGGCAGCUGCUGCUAG